CCCAACCCUGAGAAUCUCCUCGUCAGCAAGCAAACACAUGUUUGUCACAAAAUAUGCAAAUUCCAAAACCAAAUAACUUCAUCUCAUUAUUCUCAUUUAACCACACUUUCUGCAUUUCGUAUUUGCAUAUUUAUCAUUGUUUAACGAUUUAUUUAGCAAGUAAUUAGUUUUUCCGACAGAUUAAUUCCUUACACAAUUUUUUAGUUCUUCAAGAAACUUUCUUUGUUCUUUGUAAAAAAAAGUCAAAAAAUACCAAAAUAAGUCCGUCUCUAUGGUGCCAGGAAUUCUGAAUAAACUGCAAAUUUGUAUGAAAAUUCAAUACCGUAUAAUGAGGACGUGUACAGAUUUUGACAUGUUGUUGUACUAAACAAGUUUUCGCACAAGAUAAGAAAAUCCAUCAUCCUUAAUGGAAAUUCGCCACAAUUUGGGGGCAAACAUGCCACCAAAACGGAUCUUUGCCUGCGCCGAAGAAAAACUAUUUUUCGAACAGGAGAAAAAGAAAACAGCCGCAGAACUUGGACGUUUCUACCGAGCGAGAAUGACCGAGGAGAAGAAAGCGUUGGUGCGACGACAAAAUGCGGAACGACAACGUCGUCGAUUGGAACAACUGACGGAGGAGGAGAAAAAUGCCUUGCGCCGUAAACAUGCUGACCGUGAACGAAGCCGGGUCGCCAAUAUGACCAACGAAGAGAUAAAAGCUUAUCGAGAUAAGAGAGCCCGACAGCAGAGGGAGGGAGAGAGGAGGAGGAAAGCCUUGGCUGUCGAUAAGGAUUCAGAGAGUGAGGAGGAGGAGGACGACGAUAAGUUGGAGGAGGUGGACGACGAUAAGUUCGAAGAAGAGGACGACGAUAAGUUAGAGGAUAAGACUGACGAAUGGAGGGUUCUUCCGACACUAGAAUCGUGCGAUGAUGAUGACGACCAGCGCGACAGAUUUGUCGCCAUGGAGGGAUGUGACCCACUCUGCUUGCAGGAUCAGGAAGAGGGUCCUAGCCAGCCGUGAUUGUUGACUUGAACUAAUUAGGAUAAAUUGUGUGUAAAAAAGUUUUGUGCGAGUAAAUCUGGUAGUAAUUUUUUAGUGAUUUUUUUUUAGUAUUUAUGCAUUAUAUAUGUUAGAAAAUGUGUAAAUUUGUGUGCUAAAAUUGUAUGUAUACACUUUUAUUUAAUGAGACGCGCAUUUCUAUGUUGUGAGAUUAUCAAGUACAAAUUAAUUAAGGGCAGUUUAAAUUUAACUGUAUUUAUCUAAUGUAAAAAAGAAAUGAGAAUAUAUUUACAAAUUUGCUGUCAGAAUUUGCAAUAAAAACAUAUUUAACGGUG